CGAUGUCUGUUCCAAUGGAGCUUCUAUGUCUGCCAGAUAUCGAGGAAAGGACAUUGGCCAGAUUCGACGAGCUCGUAAGAAAGGAAAAAAUAUUCUACGAGGAGGCCAUAUCUGAGCUGAUUACGGUCAAUGGCUUUGAUUUUCAAUUCAUCGUCGCCGGUAUACUCAAGAGGAAACCAAUCCUUCCUGCCAACGCGCCCAGCAGAUCUAAAGCCGGUGGCCCAUUCAUCAAUCCGGAUCCCGAGGAAGUGGUAACGCAGCUGGGGUCCACCCAUCGUUUGCUAGUGAACAAGUAUGGCAUUUUUCGGCCGAUGACUGUUAUACCGACUAUACGCUAUGCUCUGCAGACUGAUGAUCUUGACCUCUCCGAUAUCAACGCCGCAUGGUCUGUCUUGAAGGCGUUCCAGACGUCGUCUUUGAUCAUCUACAAUUGCGGUAUCAACGCCGGAUCGUCGCAGGGUCACAAGCAUACUCAGCUCUUUCCUUUACCCGGGCAUACGUUGUGGCCUUCUAAAGCUACCUCUUGUGACUGUAAGUCAACUGCAUUUGUCGUUCUGCGAGAAUGUAUUGCUGACACUCCCANNGCCAUCUCCACCAAUAUCGAACACGUGCCUUUCAAACACUACGUUCUCCGUCUUCCGAGUCAUACCGAUGCAAACACUGCUUACAAAGCCUAUCUCCGUCUUCUUGAAGCAUCUCGCGAAGUGCUAGCAAAGUCAGGUGAAGGCAGUAGAGACUACAAUGUAGCCAUGACUGCAGAUUGGAUUGCCGUCAUACCUCGUCGAACCAGCGAGGGCCCGUAUGGAGCAAACGCUGCUGGCAUGCUAGGAAUCAUAUACGUGCCCGAUCAAGAAGAGCGAGAUAAAUGGUCUCAGCUGGGCUACACCAAACAGCUUGUAGCCUUCGGUAUACCCAUUAAUGCU